CAAAGCCACAAGCUAAAUCAAUAACUAGCUUCAAAACCACAAGCUAAAUCAUAGAUUAUAUCAAAGCUAAAAAAAAUGAGUAGUAAAGGGCAUGCAAUAUGUGUCCCUUUCCCAGCACAAGGCCAUAUAACCCCGAUGCUUCAAUUUGCUAAGCUCCUUCAUUCCUAUGGCUUUCACAUAACAUUUGUUAACACCAUCUACAACCACAAUCGCUUCCUCAACUCCCGGGGGCCUCACUCCCUUGACGGCAUCCCCGGGUUCCGAUUCGAGUCGAUCCCGGAUGGCCUGAUCACCACGUCGCCUUCGGAAGGCGGCGUGGCGGCCACCCAGGAUAUUGAAGAGCUAUGUAAGUCCACGAGUAGGACCUGCUUGGGCCCACUAAGGGACCUUAUUGAAAAACUCAAUAGUGAGGGCCCACGUGUGACGUGCAUAGUGGCUGAUGGUGUGAUGUCCUUCACAAUGAAGGCUGCCGAGGAGUUUGGGAUACCGGAAGUGGCGUUUUGGACGAUGAGUGGAUGCGGUUACUUGGGUUACGUCCACUACAGUACACUAGCUAAACGAGGAUUUACUCCUUUGAAAGAUGCAAGUUGUAUAACGAAUGGAUACUUGGAUACUCCAAUAGAGUUACCAGGAAUGAAGAACGUUCGAUUAAAAGAUUUUCCAAGCUUCAUCAGAACAACAAAUUCAAAUGAUUUCAUGUUCAAAUUCAUGGUUAAUUCAGUGGAAGAAACUUCCAAAUCGUCGGCAAUCUUCUUAAACACAUUUGAUGCCUUAGAACAAGAAGUAUUAAGUUCAUUAAGUUCCAUGCAACACUUACCUCCUAUUUACUCAAUCGGCCCUCUUGAGCUUCUUAUUGAUCAAAUAAUCCCAAAACAUGAUUCCAUAAGAUCUGUGAAUUCAAGUUUAUGGAAAGAAGAUUUCAGUUGCAUAAAGUGGUUAGAUUCAAAAGAACAUGAUUCAGUGUUGUAUGUGAAUUUUGGAAGCAUCACUAAAAUGACACAAAACCAACUCAUAGAAUUUGCAUGGGGUUUAGCAAAUAGCAAGAAGCAUUUCCUUUGGGUGAUUAGGGAGGAUAUUGUUGUAGACAAAAAUAAUCCUAGCUUACCUCAAGAAUUUGUGAUUGAAACUAAGGAAAGAAGCAUGUUGGCGAAUUGGUGCCCUCAAAAGGACAUUCUUAAUCAUAAGGCAAUAGGAGGGUUUUUGACUCAUUCUGGAUGGAACUCGACACUGGAAAGUAUGUCUGGGGGAGUGCCUAUUAUAAGUUGGCCUUUUUUCGCUGAACAACAUACUAAUUGUCGCUAUAGUUGUGUCGAGUGGGAGAUUGGGUUGGAGAUACAAAGUGAAGUAAAGAGAGAGGAGAUUGAGAAGUUGGUAAGAGAAUUGAUGGAUGGUAAUAAGGGGAAGGAGAUGAAAAGAAGAGCAAUGGUGUGGAAGAGUAAGGCUGAAGAAGCUACAAGGCUUGAGGGCUCUUCUUACAACAACUUGAUCAAGUUAAUGAAUGAGGUGCUUGUGCCAAGAAAAAUUAAGUAGUUAAAAAUGUAAUUUUAUUCUUCAGUGGUUUAAAAUUAUUGAUGUUAUAUUUAGACUAGUUGGUUGUAUGAUAUUCCUAGAUGUGUUUUCUUUGAAUUGGAAAGUUUUAAAAAACGCAUAGUACAAUUGUUUUUCUAAAGGACAACGAAUUUAUGAUUAAUAUAUAUGAAAUUUGACUUCAAAA